GGUUGCGAUCAGUCGGGAGUAUGUGCGCAGCAUAGAGGAUGAGCGGUCAGCGCUGGGAGCAGGUGAGUGCGGCUUUGCCAGGCACAUUGGUGGGCGAGUCCCUGCGUGCAAAGGGCGGAGCUCAAUUGUUGCCUCCUGUAGAGCAGCGCUAAACCCACAGACGCUUCCUUGCGAUUUAAAGUUCCUGCUUCUGUUGGGAGAACUGACCUGUCUGCAACAGGCGGCUAGUCGGAAACAGGCUGUGGAGCUGCUGUACAACUCGGUCAUUGCCCGGCUGUGGACAGGAGAGAGAGAGAGCCAUUUUGCGACUGGAGAAAGGGCAGUGGACCAUGUGUUCAUUCGUGACCCUUACCUGGCAGUUUGGAGCUGACAGUCAGUCGGGAGAUCUUUUCCCCCGGGAAGCUGCUUUUUGCCUGGAGCGUCGGAGCCGCUGAGAUCGAAUCCGUACAAUUUGGUCUCUCAUCCAGAUUAAACCGAUUUCUAAUUCUUUCGGGGUCCCCGGUCGGUUUCUUGGCAGCGGCUGUUUCUUGCGGCGGCUCCAUGCACGAUUUUGGCUGAAACCAUGUCUGCUGGUCUGGGACUGGCGAUCCGCGAUGGCCCGGUGCUGGCCCGGUACUAUCCUGUUCUCUUCUAAAGCUCCACGGAAACUUGUGUUUCUUUUCACCUUGUCCCUUUCUGUCACUUACCUCUUCUACAGCCUCCUCAACUGCUACAGCUCCUUACAGUUCCCGCUGCAGGACGCCAGCGACUUCUUGCAACCAGAAGCUGCAAUCAGCCCUACGGACAUUAUACGAUCCGCCUCCCUCAAGCCCGACACCAUCAGCCGAUCUUUCCCUUCUCUCCCUGCAUCCAGGAACAGACAACCAGCCCCUGCCAGGACAGCAGAAAGGAAUAUUCACACUAGCAGCAGCAGCAUCAGUGUCCCCCAGAGUAAUACAACCAGGACAAAUAACAGCACUAAGCAGCUGUCCCCCGAGCAGCCUGGGAUUGGUGUCACCAUCACCAAGGAAAGUGAUUUGGAAAUCAGCACUGACCCAACCACUGCUGGACCCACCAUCUCUCAAUUGGCCAUCAGGACUUCCAGAAAUGUGAAGUCCCCUCAUGUACCCCCUGCUACACAAACAUACCACCAUCCCAGCGCCUCUUCAUUACAAUCUGACCCAAGUUUCCACAGUGACAACUCCAACACUGACCCCCUUUUGGGAUUUCCCUCUUCCCCCAAUCUGAACACUGGAGAUUCGGAUGCCGACCUUCUGCUUCCCCCAACAAUUGUGGAAAAGGUCGAUGUAGAGAAGAGCUGGGCACAAGCGGCUGUUGGACAUUCUGUUCCCUCCUCAGUAGAGAAAUCCAGCACCUCUAACAGGAUCCCCAUUAACUCUAUAGCAGAGAAAUCCAGCACCUCUAACAGGAUUCCCAUUAACUCUAUAGCAGAGAAAUUCAGCACCUCUAACAGGAUCCCCAUUAACUCAAUAGCAGAGACAUUCAGCACCUCUAAUAGGAUCCCCAUUAACUCAAUAGCAGAGAAAUCCAGCACCCUGGACAGCGACCCUAUUCAAGCUACAGCAGGAGAAAUCAGCACUUUGGACAACGACCCUAUUCACUCAACAAAAGGAGAAAUCAGCACCUUGGACAGCGACCCUAUUCAAGCUGUAGCAGGAGAAAUCAGCACUUUGGACAGCGACACUAUUCAUUCAGCAGGGGAGAAAGUCAGCACAGCGACAGAUAAACGCAGCGCUUCCAACAGCGCGACCCUCACUUUCCUCUUACAGACAACUAGCACUUCGGAGUCGGAGAGUAUCACCGAUCAGCAGAAUACCAGCAGAAUUCCCUCUCGCCCUGCUGUACAAUCCAGCGCUUUCUCUGCUAAUGAUCAGUCAGAGGAUUCCCAUGUUCCUAGAUCUGAAAAGGCAAAUAGUAAAAGCUACUCUUCUCUAACGUUUGAUAGAAAAUUUGGAGGUGGGGAAGGUACUUCUGUAUCCAGUAGCUCUCCAGUCUUAUUGGGUCCAAGCGCUGUGGAAAGCCAUUCUGGGUAUUAUACAUUUCCCAGAGAGUUUGGAAAGUCUGAAAGUGCACAGCUGCCCAUUACAGAGACAACAUAUGGCAAAGCUGAAGACUACAAACAAGAGGACCCCACCAAAACAUGGGAAGCCACAUCCAGCUCAGCAGAGACCUUAGGAUCCCCUGAUCUUGAGGGGGAUGAAGCAUACAAGUCCAUGCGAGGUCUUUCCUACUGGGACAGAACUCCAUUGGCGGCAACAGAAAUGAUCCCCGAAUCUCACACUGGGGCUUUGGAGAAGGACACUCAGGAAUCCAGCACAGCAGAGGAAGAACUCAACCGCAUAUUCCCCGUCAAUUGCACCCCUGAGUAUGGGGAGAAAAAAUUGCCCCAAGCAAUCAUUAUAGGGGUGAAAAAAGGGGGCACUCGGGCUUUGCUUGAAGCUCUCCGAGCUCAUCCAGACGUGAGGGCAGUGGGGGUCGAACCCCAUUUCUUUGAUAGGAACUAUGAGAAAGGAUUGGAGUGGUAUCGAGAUUUGAUGCCAAGGACAAUAGAUGGACAAAUAACAAUGGAGAAAACUCCAAGCUAUUUUGUUACAAAUGAGGCACCACAACGCAUCCACUCCAUGGCCAAAGACACCAAACUGAUUGUCGUGGUCAGAAAUCCUGUUACACGUGCCAUAUCUGACUACACACAAACUCUAUCUAAAAAACCAGAAAUUCCAACUUUUGAGGUCCUUGCCUUCAAAAACAGGACCUUGGGACUCAUUGAUGCUUCUUGGAGUGCGCUAAGGAUUGGAAUCUAUGCUCUGCAUCUUGAAAGCUGGAUGCAGUACUUUCCUCUUUCCCAAAUUCUUUUUGUCAGUGGAGAACGUCUCAUCAGCAACCCAGCCGAGGAGCUGGCCAAAGUACAAGAUUUCUUGGGGCUUAGAAGAAUCAUAACAGAAAAACAUUUUUAUUUCAAUAAAACAAAAGGCUUCCCUUGUCUGAAGAAGCCUGAGGAUACUGGUGCUCCUAGGUGCCUGGGGAAGUCUAAAGGUCGAACUCAUCCUAAAAUUGACCCAGAUGUCAUUCAGCGCCUAAGGAAGUUUUACAAACCUUUCAAUUCUAUGUUUUAUCAAAUGACAGGGGAGGAUUUUCAGUGGGAGAAGGAGGAGCUGGAAAGCUAAACCAAUGGAUAACAAUUGUGAUGAUGAAAAGACUUGUUUAUUGACACUGUGUCAUUAAUGUACAGAGAAUUCUUGCCAACAAAUUAUAUAUAUAAAAAAAUCGCCUAAAAAAAGAAAAAAUCUCUAGUUUCUAUAAAGACAACACUGUUAUUAAGUUCUAUCUUGAGAGAUAAUUUCACUAGUCACUUAUGUAAUUAAUGUGAAAGAGUUUUUAAGGGAAAGCACAAAGUAAGAAACACAUACAGAAUAAAGACACAGCUGGAGAAGAAUCUGCUAUACUGCAGUACAUGGUCACUUUUAAUGAAACCAUAGAUGCCAGACACCACAUUAGAAGACAGUUUUUCUUUUUCUUUCCUUUUUCUUUUUUUAACAAAAUACACAGAGCACUAAAUGGUUAUAUUUUUAUAUUCUUGCAGCUUCAUUGUCACUUUUCAUUAAAGCGUACAAUAUAUAUUUAGAGGAUAAAAUAAUAGGUCAAUGAAAAGGUUAGCCACCUAUUUAUAUAUAUAUGUAAUGGAGGAAGGUUUAUUUUGACUCAGAAAAGGAAUGUACAAAAAAUAAUUUAGCUGCGGACACAUCAGUGAAUGAUUUAUUGUUAUGAACCUUUCUAUUUAGGUCACUUUUCAUGCCCCACCAAGAGUAGAAUACAUGAUUCUGACACGGUGUUUCCAGGGAUAUAAUCUCACAAUCUAAAUUUGUUAAAAAGGGGAUCUACCAUUAGUUCAAAGGCCAGUAACACAAAAUGAAAAACUCCCACAUGCAUUUGGACAUAAUACAAAUUAAAUAACAUAUAUUUCUAUUUAAAGUUACUGGUAGUUUUGUCUCUUGGGGGCAGGUCGCAAACAUGUGAUAUCGAAUACAUUUCUGUACAGAAUUGAUAUGGCCGGGUUUUAUUUAGGGCAGAGCACAACAGAACUCCUAGAAAACAGAAUUUUAUUUUCACAUGAACAGGAAAAACAGCAUGUCAAGUUAAAUGGAUCAUUUCAUUUUUGAGGUUACUGGUCCUUCAAAAAUUAGUGUCUGGCUCUGAAUUAAGGACUGUAUUUUGUUUUUGUUUUAUAACUUUUGCUAUAUUGUUAAUGUUAAAUUAAUAUUCUUUCCUCACUCUUCAUCUACACUAAAGUGAUCAACUAAAUAUCUU